UUUGUGGAGCCACUGCGGUAUCAGACGAUUCUGGUUGACGUGUUAAGCACUCUCUCAUGCAUGGGCCUGAAGAAGGUAGAUGAGACGAUGAUAGUGUUUGCUUCGCGCGACCGUGCGACACGGCAGGUGAUGUGGAAGUUCCGCAAACAAUACAGCCAGCUCGUGGAGUUUGACCGCCUUAUCCGGCCGCUAGUCACCGUCGUUAGUUUUCCUCCGCUCCCCGAAAAGCCGUUCUUCGUGCUGAACACGCCGCUGAAGGUGGAUGUGCGCCGCGGACAGUUGAAGGAAUACUUUACAGCGCUCUUCCAGAUCCCACUUGCGCCACAGGCCGUACACCACAUCUGCCGCUUUGUGUCACUCGAUACGGUAAGUCCACUUGAUGAGUUUGGCACGGGAGUUCGGAAGAGCGGGUUUUUGAUCCGUAGGACCAAGAGCUUGAGCCGUGAGACGUGGAAGGUCAAGUGGUGUCAGGUUGAUGGGUUGGUGUUUGAAAUCUACGAUAGCCCUGGAGGACUGAUUUCCGAGUCGAUUAGUUUGGUCAAUGCGCAGAUUGGCCGCCAGAGUAGCGGACCAGGGAGCGAUGACAAGACAAUGAAGCACGCGUUUAUGAUAAUGGAGCCGAAGAAGAGCGCCGGGUCAUAUUCCCGGUUUGCGUUUUGUGCAGAGACGGAUGAAGAAAGAGAUGAUUGGAUUGGCGCGAUAUUGGAGUUUAUCGAGGGAAAUAACAACGAUGAUAGCCAUGGAAACGGCGGCCGCACCAGCUAUGGAAAUAGCAGCAGUACCUUCCGGAAUAAUGGAUCCAAGGCAGAUUACAAGCCCGUUUCGUUUGGAACACCCAGCCCUUACAGUGCCAGUAACCACUCCGCGACAAGCCUCGGACCUGAAGACGACGAGCCACUUGAAGACCUCAAGAAGAGCAAGAUCCGGUCCUUCUUUCCGUUCAGAAGCACCCCCGGAAAGAGCGCUAACGCCAGUGAAGACCUCUCGGCGUAUAGCAAGUCGGGCUUACUCGCAACGACUAUGCCGUCGGAGGAGCCGAUCUCGACCCAGCAGGUGUUGGAUGACUUACGCGCGGCACAGGGCAGCGCCGCGCGCGCGCAUGGCGUGUUUGGCAACGAUUUAGGCGCCGCGUUGGCGCUCUCCUCUGGCGAGCUUUUUGGGAAAAGCAUCCCCAGCAUUGUUUUCCGCUGCUUGGAUUAUCUCCUCAAGACCGGCGCCAUCUAUGAGGAGGGGUUGUUCCGAUUGAACGGGUCAGCGGCCCAGAUCAAGCACUUCAAGGAACAGUUUGAUACGUCUUAUGACGUCAACUUUGUCUCAAUGCCUGCGAUUCCUGAUAUCAACACUGUCGCAGGUUUGCUCAAGCUCUACUUGCGUGAGCUCCCCGUGCUGAUCUUGUCUGAUAUGGCGGGGGCCUAUCGCGAUGAGUCGAAGGAGACGGACUACAAGAAGGUGGCGUACGGGUUCCGCGAGCUCACUCAACGUCUUCCAACUGCUCACCGUGACUUGUUAUAUGUGCUCUUCCGAUUUUUGAAGCAAGUGGUGGAUAACUGUAACUCGAACAAAAUGAACUUGAAGAACGUUUGCAUUGUGUUUUCACCCACGUUGAACAUUCUGCCGAACGUGAUUCUUCCGUUCUUGGUGGACUUUGAGUGCGUGUUUGGGGCAGGUGAGCCGACACCGACGGAAAAACGGGAGACAUUGGGUUUGGCAUUUCCA